AUGAUUCUGAACAACAUCGCAAGAUAUGCAUUCGUCGGUGCCAUUGCAGUCACCAGCGCCUCAGCCGCCCAAAUAACAAAGGGAUUGACAAAAAAUGCUCAAGAUCUGUUUGACUGGUCUAUGAAUGUCAAUGACAAGCGCUGGGAUGACUCGUAUAAGUACAUCUGGUACUCCGACAACGGCCCGUGGUCAACUCGCUUUACAGCAUGGUAUACCGCCGGACUACUGUACCGAAAUAAGGGUCAUGAUCUCAGUAACGCCAAGGCAGCUAUUGAGAAUAUCCUUACGUGCCAAAUGGCCGAGAGCUAUGACUCUGCUUGGUAUGGCACAUUCAAGCUUUCACCCGAUGAGCCCUAUCCAACUCCUGAUUCGGACUUGUACCCGCCGGAAAUCUAUAACACCUAUGACCCAAAUUGGAGAGAAUUCAUCGGGACUCAGCUUGUGCAAAUUGUGGAGGAGUUCUCCGAUCUUCUAGGGGACAGUCUCGUAUCGCGGAUCGAGGACAGUCUGGAAAUUGCAGCCGUUGGUUCUAUGCGCAGAAAUGGAUCCUACCCUGAAGGAGACAACCUGACACCAGCGUACUCAAACCCGGCUAUAAUGCGCGCAUGGUACGUUUCUUGGAUUGGCCAGCGCCGCAGCAACCAGACUUUCAUCGACUACGCAAAUGACCAGGGAAAGACUAUCCUGGAGCUGUUCAAGUCGACAGGCUCUAAUGUGCUGUCUGAAUACAAUGCACCCACGUACUACGGAAUGGAUACCUGGGCACUCGCUGGUGCCAUCAAAUAUGGACCUCAGGAUGCCGCCAUGACCAAGGAUGCUAAGAGUAUCUUGACGGAUCUGUGGGCAGAUAUUGCCGCGCAUUACAACCCUUACCUUGCGAACAUGGUUGGACCAUAUGACCGGGCCUAUACACGCGAUCUUGUUUCAAACUCGGCUGUCAUCGACUACUUCUGGUGGGGUCUAUACGGCUAUGGCGGGCCUCAGCCAACCAAAAUGGAAUCGGACUCCUUGUACGACAUCGCUCAGGGUGCAGCAUUGGCGCUCGUCAUGGACGUAGUUGGAGAGCACAUCUCGAAAAAUGACUCUGCAUGGCUGGCAUCCAAGGGUCACGGGGAUGGCGAGCGGAUGAUCACUAAAAAGGUUCCUCAUGCCCUCGGCGCCGAUGCAGAGGUCCGUGUGGUGACCUCUUGGAUUAGUGCCCCCCUCAUGAUCGGGGCCGAGCAAGUCUCCGAGACAGUCAAUCGCGGUGAGCAAUAUGUCCCGGCUAUUGUGCAAUGGGCCGGUGAUAAAAACCAUACACCCCAUCCGUAUAUGGCCUUGUUCUCUCUAUAUCCGACAGCAUCAACUAUUCAUGCCGUCGCAGGGCCUAACAGCCUUGAGAUUUCGUACCCGAACACCACUCAGGAUGGCACUAAUAUUUUCAGUUUCGCGCUCGCGCAACUGCCGCCAAGCUGGACUCUUCUCAAGAAGAAAGUUGUGGGAGGCCUCGAGGACCUUCCUUGCCUUGAUGUCGCCAUCGACGCAAAAGGGCUAGUAGAGCAACCAGUAAUCUACGGUGCCAGCGUUGAGGAUAAUCGUGUUUACAACAUCUCCUAUGUUGUGCCUUCUGAGUUUACUGGGGUGCCCAAGAUCUCAUUCAAAUUCAAGUACACUUGUUAA